AUGUCGCCAGGAGACAACCAGAACGAGGUCUUAUCUGGCGACAACGAGGCCAGCAUUAAUGGGACCACAGAGUCACCGGAACAUGAGAAUGCAGAUUAUUACACAAACCGGUCAAAGCAUAACAGUGGCUGGCGCCAUCUCGUGCGGAAUUUCACACCGGCUUGGUUCUCGGUCAAUAUGGGCACCGGGAUCACUUCUAUUCUGCUCAAUAAUUUACCCUAUAAUGGCAAAUGGUUAUACUGGAUAUCAGUGGUGAUAUUUUGUUUGAAUAUAUUCCUUUUCGUUAUUUUCUUCGCCAUCACUAUCUUGCGAUAUGUCCUCUACCCGAAGAUAUUCUACCUCAUGGUGACCCAUCCCACGCAAUCUCUUUUCCUUGGAACACUCCCUAUGGGGUUUGCCACGAUAAUCAAUAUGUUUUGCUAUGUCUGCGUGCCUGCCUGGGGAGACUGGGCUGUCUACUUUGCCUGGGCUCUGUGGAUUGCAGAUGCUGUUGUAUCUAUCGUGACAUGUUUCGGGAUACCAUUUAUUGUGUAUGGACAUGCACAUCCUUUUCUUGAAGGUACUAUCAAGACUGACUCGCGUUCUAGGAUGACUCGAACGGCUGACAGCAAGCUACAGGCGAUGGGUGCCGCUUGGCUGCUUCCCAUUGUGUCUUGUGUUGUUGCGGCGGCAUCGGGAGGUAUUGUGGCUGACAUACUCCCAGAUCCUCAGUAUGCUCUAGGAACUAUCAUCGUGAGUUAUGCUCUAUGGGGUAUUGGAGUACCCCUGGCAAUGAUGGUCAUUGUCAUUUAUUUGAUGCGCCUCAUGCUAUACAAACUACCACAGAAGGCAGUGAUUGUUAGCACAUUCUUGCCUCUUGGUCCUCUUGGCCAGGGGGGUUUGGGUGAGUACUUUUGGAUUGACCGGAAUGCACGUGUAUUGUACUAA